GAUAUGUUCAGCCUAUUCGAACUGCAUAGACUGUGGAGUUUAAAAUAUUGUUUUUACCCGCACUAAACCAGCGAACUUAAUGGGUCAGACAUUUUCCUAUUAUUAUUUGUGUUGAUAUUUCGCUACACUCCCUCGUCUCAAACUCUGCACAGGAAGGACUGGAGUGUUAAUAAAUACUACUGUGUUUUGGGUGAAGCAAACUUAGAUUUAAACUCACCAGCCACAAGAUGCACCCGAUGGCCAAACCACUGCAGUCUAAGUCCACCCAUUCAGAUGCACAACUUUGAUUACAUUGGUCCUUUAUCAGGGCUGAUGCACACUGGAGGUUUCAUGACAUUAGAGAAUCCCUCAGACCUUGAGCAAGAAAUUCACCUGUGUGAUGAGGAGAAAAGCUUGUUUGGAGGCACAGACUUUAUAACUCUUAGUUGUCCAUACAAUGUACUGUUAGGCUGUGACCACAGAUCCGUAAUUGUGGAGAAAUGGUCACAUUUGUUAGCUGCUGGGCCACCUUUUCUUUUACUGACAUGGACAACUCUGGCAGAGAGGUUUUUGGUCUGAUUUGUAGACCACAGGAAAAAAUUAAGCUUAUUUUGCAUUUUUUUUGUAUAUAAUUUAUAUACAAACUGGGAACCUUACUGGUUACUUACUAAGUGCCACAAAUUGAUUUUUUUCUUUCUAAUGCUGUUCUCUGAUGAAAAGCAACUGCCUCUGAGAUGGAACUCCAAACAUGUCUGAAAACAACACUGAAGAACAAAUAUCAGAAACUGAACAAAGCUUAUGCUGACAAGUCCUUACUUCCUCCAAAUCUUGGUUAUCGGGAUAUACAGAAUAACUACCCCUUGCCUAAUUUGCUCCAGCAUGAAUUGAGAUUUGUUGACAGAUCUGACCAAAAUCUUGGAGAUACUUUUGAAACUGAGCCGCUUUCUAAUAUUUUAAAAUGUGACUGCAAACACAACAGCAGCAAGAGAACGGUCAUCUCCAUAGGAGUUUGUGGAGUUGGGAAAACAACAACAGUGCAGACUUGUGCCUUGGCAUGGGCUGAAGGGAAAGGGUACCAAAACAUCCGCCUCCUGUUCCCUCUUUCAUUCUGGGAGUUGGAUUUAAUCAAACGUAAAGUGAGCCUAAUUGAACUGCUCCAGACUUUUUACCCUGAGCUGAAGGAGCUUGAUUCUUCCAACCUGAAUGAAAACAACGUGUGGUUUGUCCUUGACGGACUUGAUGAGUUUCGUCACCAGCUUAACUUCAGCUGUCCAACUGUGAGUGAUGUUUCUGAGGCAUUCAAAGUCGAUAUUUUAGUGACCAACCUGAUCAGGGGAAGUCUACUUCCCAAUGCUCAUGUGUGGAUAACAACCCGUUAUUCAGCAGCUAUACAAAUCCCUGUUUGUCACUUGCUGAAAGAGACUGAGGUUAAAGGAUUCAGCGAUAGACAAAAGGAGCAGCACUUCAGAAAUAUAAUUGGUCAUGGAGCUCUUGCCAACAAAGCCAUGGACCAUGUGAAAAUAUCAAGAAGUCUGGGUUACCUCUGCCAGAUACCUCCUAUCUGCACUGUCAUGGCAAAUGUUUUGAAGAAUCAUGUAAAAGCAGUUGAUGAGUUUAAAAUCAACCGUUUGAAUCUGACCCAAAUUUACUUGAAGUUGCUUGAAAGUUCAGACUCAGAUUUUAUCGCCAAGCUGAAGCAGCUUGCACUGCAUCGGUUGGGGGAGAAUAACGUGAUCUAUGAAGCUGAGCUUACACAGAAGGACAUAAGUGUUAGGGAAGCCUCUGCUUUCUCUAAAAGGAACCCACUUGUUUUGAGAGAAGAGAAGGGACUGCACAACACCACAGUGUUUCGCUUCAACCACUCAACCAUUCAGGACUUCUUGGCUGCAUCAGCUAAAUUGGACAACAUCCAGGCAAGUCAUACGGUGUCUGACCAGGUCCAGAGUCUUGUGGACUGGCAGAUGCACCUCAGGGAUGGAAACUUUGAUAUCUUGCACCGCUUUAUCUUUGGGCUCAUAAAGGAACGUGAUGUAUUGCCACCAAACGAUCCGCUGUUUGACUACACCAAGCAGAAAAUCCUGCUGGAAAUUGUGUCUUACAACGCCAUCGGUCUGUUCCACGCUCUGCGAGAGUACGACAGCCAGGCCUUUCUGAAUGAAGUCAGGUUCUUUCUGAAGGUCGGCUUCUCUCCAGUCCAGGGUAUCACACCUAUGCAAUGGACAUUCAUGAUCCAACGGGCCAAAAAUUUUGAAGGGAUGAGAGAGAUCUUUGAGUUGCAAUUGGGUGAGAGAAGUGAUGAAAAUCUCCUCAAGCAGUUGACAGUUAUUUUGAAAUCCAGGAGGGCCUUGCUGCGCUUCUGUCACCUGACUGAUAAGAGUUGUCCAUUCUUAACAGCAGUCCUCAGCACAAGAGAGUCGUAUGUCCGGGAGUUGGACCUGGGAUACAACUGCUUCACACACACUGGUGUCGAAAGGCUGGUGGAGGGGUUGAGUGAUGAGAACUGCAGGCUGAAAAAGCUCAGGCUGCAGAGCUGUGGUUUGAGCGCUCAGUCAUGUAAACACCUGACCAAAGCCCUGAAAGAGGCCCCAAAACUGACAGAGUUGGAUCUCAGCAUGAAUGAAAUAGGAAAUGAAGGAGCACAGCAUCUUGCAGGUGGUUUGAGAUCUUGUCAAUGCCUGCUAGAAACACUUCGGCUUUCACAGUGCAACAUUGAGCAGUCAGGCUGCUCUUAUCUGGCUGCAGCCUUGCAGAAGAACUCUGAACACCUCAAAGAGUUGGAUCUGAGCAUCAACAAGAUUGGAGACGAUGGGGCCAAUGAGCUUUUUAGAAAAGUUGAUAUAACAAAGCUGACAAAGCUAGAAAUGUAUCACUGUGGCCUCACCAUGUUAAGCUGUGCAAAGAUUGGAGAUGCUCUGAAGUCUGAGGCUAGUUCUCUGGUUGAACUUAAUCUCAGCAGCAACAACUUGGAGGAUGCAGGAUUUGCUCUCCUCUGUGACGGCAUGUAUGCAUGGUGUGCUCUGGAAAAACUCAAUGUUUCAAGAUGUGGAAUCACGAGCGUCGGCUGCAGUUAUAUGGCGAAAGUGCUGUGUUCAGUCUCGCAGCUGUACAGCGGGUGGCUGCAGAAAUCCAACUGGCAGGCCGUUGAGCUGAAAGAGCUUGACCUCAGCAUGAACUGGCUCAGAGACCAGGGAGUCAAAGAAAUUUCAAUUGGACUGAAAAACCCCUGCACCCAUCUGAGAGCCCUCAACCUCAGUCACUGUGGCCUGACUGAUGCCUGCUGUUCAGAGCUGGCAAUUGGUUUGGCAUCAAGUGAGAAUGUUGUCAGUGAGAUUGACCUGUCGGGCAAUGAACUUCAAGACAGAGGAGUGAAGAAACUCUGCAUGGGAAUCAAGAGUACCCACUGCAAACUGGAGAAAAUAUCGCUGAAGAGCUGUGGUCUGAGCUCCAAGAGCGUUCAGUUUCUGAUGACUGCCCUGAAGUCAAACCCUCAACAUCUGGCAGAGCUGCUCCUGAUGGGCAACAACUUGGAAGACUCAUCAAUCCGAGUGCUCUGUGAACUCACAAAGAACCACAAAUACACCUUACGGACACUGGAUAUCUCGCUAAACUGAGGAAAAAGACUGGAAAUCCACCCAAUGAAAAAAUAGUGCCUGAAGGAGCUCACAUUAUUUUGGUAUACAAGUGAUGUUGAGUCCAAUUUGACUUCACUUAUUCAGCUUUAGCUUCACAGUUAUGAGAUUAUUUUACAAACUAUGUUGAAUUACUGCAAGAAGUGAUUAAGUAUGGAAUUGUUGCUCAUUAGAAAUUACUGUAAGCUUUCUUUUUCUACUUUUAUAUGAUUUUAUGUAGUGCCUUAGUUUUACAGUACAUGUUUUCAAAUGUUUGCAUUGCACAGAUGCUUGUAUGUAGUUUUGUCUUUCUUAUAAACUAUGCUCCUACAGCAUAAGUAAACAUGUACAGUCAUUAACAUUUGCUUUGUAAGUGACAAACAGCAGGUUUGUUCGUCAGGAUUUUCUUUAUAACCCCUGUCCUUUUAAUCCUUUCACUGCUGAACACUCGGGGAAUCAUCUCAUAGAGCCUAUAAGAUAUAAGGCCUCUUAUUUUGAAUUGAACCCAGGACUGAUUAGACUGAUUUUUGCAUGUGUCCCUGACUCUCUUUUUCCCCUGGAUUCCUUUUCCAUCAUUAGCCAUCUUUCAAUGAAGGCAAACUAUAUCCUUUAAAAAAGCUUACCGUAUCCUCUCUGUGUAAGUGUAUGGACUUAAAGGUUCAUGAACUGUCUAACAAUCUGAAUGGUCUAAGGUCUAAUUUGAUUUACUCUUGCAGUAUAAGGCAUCCUCACCACUCAGCUGAUGAGCAAAGGGAUUUUAGGUUACUUUGAAAUUAGCUUUUUUAAUUUCAUUUGCCUUUUUUAUUAAACACUUAAGUUUUAUAUCUUUUCAUCAUUCUGAUUAAACUGCUUAUAGUCUUGUUCUAAAAGUAUUUUGAUGCCUCUGUAAAAUAAACCAAAUGCCUUGUCUCUGUUUUAUUCAUGCAAACCUGCCUAUUCAUCUUUGUUUUGCACCUACGUUAGAAUCUAGAGCAGCAUUUAAAUUAAAUGUCUUUACUGUGAACGGUCUUUUAAGUGCAGAUUGCUGUUAAUUUCAUGUUUUGUUUAUUGUAGACUAUAAUAAAGCAGCAUAGAAACCAAAC